UGGUGUCUUUUCUACAACUAUUUUUCCUUGUUUAUCCGUUCAACGCCUAUUUCACAAACUACACAAAUCCACGAUGGAGUUCAAAUUCGGAAUGCUCUGGAUUGCCAGCAUUAUUUUGCUGCUCAAUGAAGAUAUUGUUUUCGCACAGACAAAACGCUCGUUCCGUACGAGUGCUGCCCAGGGACGGGCACUUGGCUCGAACCCCCGCCAAUCGACCUCGUCCCACGUUGAUUUCGAGUGUCCGGAAGAGUUCGGUUAUUAUCCACAUCCGAACGACUGCUCACAGUACUAUGUGUGCGUGUUCGGUGGCGCUCUGCUGGAAAGCUGUACCGGUGGUUUGAUGUACAGCCACGAGCUGCAGACCUGCGAUUGGCCGCGCAACGUUGGAUGUGAUCUGCCUGCGCUCAGCUCACCAUCCGCACCGGCUAGCCGCACGGUUACGCCACGCGUUCCACAGGUGCUUAGCAGGGUACGCUUCUCGUCAUCCGCUCCGUCGGCCCCAUCCGGACCGUCGGGACCAUCGGGACCAUCGGGACCGUCUGGACCUUCGGGACCUUCUGGACCGGCCGAACAGUCGGUACCGGCACGCAUUCAACAGAUUCACAAUCUGCCACCUCCACCACCACCACCAGCCAACCCGAACCCUGUGAUUACUACACGAGGACAGCCGAAAAACUCCCCGCAGGAGGACAUAGCAAAGCUCUACGCCGAAGCGCAUGAAACACUUCCACCGGUAGAGGAAGAGGAAUCCGAUCGUCAGCAGCGUGUCUAUCGCGGACAGCCAAGCACGGUGUCACAAGUGCAGCGCGAUCGUGACGGCAUCCUGCAGCAGCAGAGUGUCAAUGCUAUUCCGACCCAGGCUAAAGUAGGUUCCUUUGCGUACAGUGCUCAACCUCAACCGUUCAGAAUUGACAAACACGAUGACGAGUCACUGCAAACGCUAGACGACACAUUUUCCACUGACAGCAAGGCCCACGAUCGCAAGAAGCGAGAUACUGCCGGUCAAGCUAAGACCGAAACAGCGGACACUGCCCAAACCUCACUGGUGACGCAAAUAGAUCCGACAGCAGUGGCCGGAACUGAUGACGAAUUGACCAAAAAACCUGCCAAACGCUCCAACUCUGACUCAGAAGCUUCGGCACAAGACAAUCUUGCACCGGAAAACUCCCCCGACAGUUUAGCACCGUCUAGUGGUGGAGAAAGUCAGCGAACGGCUCGUCAACUCCGUCAGUUGGGUAACUGGCAGUAUCGCUCACUGGACACAUCGCUUUCGCGUCAAAACGGUUACUCGCCGAGCAGCUUUGACCCUUUCGGAUACACGGUGCUGCCUACGGCUUCGACGUACUUUAAACCUGGCGCACGAUACUUUCAACCGCAAACUUACAGCAAGAAGGAACUGACCCAGACCUAUAACGAUUAUCUGGAAGCUUACAGUAAGAGCAAACAGCCUACUUAUAACGUGCGCCCGGUAGAGUUACAGCCGCACAAAACAUCCGGCCUGCAGAACUACAAGACAAUCGCGAAGAUCACACCUCAGGACACGAUCAUUCCAUUGCUACUAGCUAAUCAGCAACAGCAACGACCACACCAAUCAAACUACGGCCAAACACAAUUCACUGCGGCCGCAUUUGUUAACAGUCACAAUAACAAAAAGUACACCACACCGGCCUCACCACACGACGGUGACGAGGAAACAAUCCCGGACAAUUUUGCGUUCUUCCAUUUCGGCAAUACCUACUCCUCUACGCCGAUUUCCGUCAACAAUCAUGCGAAGUCGCCAAAGCAACCGAAACCCUCCAACGUGCAGAUCUCGAACGUAGCACAGCCGACGCAAAAGACGCCUUACAUCGCCUUCAGCUCCGUCGGUGGAUUCUUCAACAAUCAACCAACGGCCAAUCCGUUGAAGGAAAGCUUCGUUCUUAAACCGAACCAUUCAAAGCCAAAGCCGGUUCAUACUGGUUCUCAAGGUCCUAGUACACCGGCCCCGGUGUAUGAGGGUAUUUCAAAUUCAAUUCAAUCGAACGGACUAAGAUACUCCGUCACCACACCAAAGAUUGUGCCGGGAACGGGACUCGAGCUGUACCAGCCAAACGUCUAUCUUAAUGCUCCCCGACCGCAGGUUUACAGUGGAUAUGGUGGUAAACCUUCCGGAGCUGUUUACGAGGCGUCAACCCCAAAGCCAAGUUCGGCUCAAUUUGUAACCAAAUCGACCAAUGGCUUCCAACCAAUUGCCGUAUCGACCACACCGAAGUACUAUCAACCUCAAGUUUCCAAAACGGUGAGCCCGAGCGAGUACAGCAAGUUCUACGAAUCCAUCAAAAACUCGCACAUCGCUCAGGUCAAACCAAAUGCCGAACCAACGCCCAUCCGUAUCGGAUCCGGUCAAGUAGUUUACCGGCCAGAUACCAACAACACCAAGCUUCAACCUGUCUCCCAAGGAUACAGUCCUCAGCAGAUUUUCUACAAUCCUGUGGUAUCGGCUCCGCAAAGUCCCGUACCAAAACCGCAAGAGUCGGGAGAAUUUUACUACGAGGAAGAUGACGAUAUUGACCAGCGAGGACAAAAGUAUGUAAAGAACACGUUGGACUCAAACCGGCGGCCUGUGUAUGGCAAACGGCCUUAUGGCGAUGAAGAAGAGGAUGAAGAUGAGUACUACGAAGAUGAUGAAGACGAUGAUGAUGAGUUCCAGUAUCGGUAUCCCGUGAACAAGUCCAAGUACACCCCCAUGACGGAAACGAUGGCUCCGCGGCCAAUGCAAAAUAUGACCACGCCCAAACCGCCAAGCUUGGUAUCGGGCAAUCUUUACUACAAUUAUGAAACGACCACUUGGCGCCCACCAACCGUGACAACAUAUUCCCCAAGCUCAACCUCAGACAUUCCACCGAUUAUCAAAUUCCCCGAAGAUGUCUUCCAGGGCAUUAAACCGUUGGGUGACGUGCCUCGGUAUCUGAACAAAUCCACCCUGCGACCGUACACGAUACGACAACGUCUUCGUCCAACGGUUGUCCAGCACAAUCAUCUUGAGGAGAGUGUCCCUAGCGAGCGAGGACGUAGUACGACCACGACCACUACCACCAGACCACCAGCGACGACGACCACAACCCGCUACUAUCCUACCACGGUGCGUACGCGCAUCACGACCAAGACCCCAACACGUCGACCGGUGACUACUACGACACCGGCGGUCAUUACCACUACCACCACCCCCGAACCACCUCAGACAACACAGACGACGUCGCGCAAACGGUACACGAUCCGACCGAAUCGUGGCCAGCAGCGCUGGCGCACAACCGAGACACCGGAACCAACUACGACCAACGGGCGACAUGCCAGUCCGACUAGACCGACCAAAAUUCGACCACAGCUGGAGCUCGACGAACGCCUACCGAACAGAGUUGAAACAUCAUCACCAGCACCACCGAGCCGAUACGUGCCAGAACAACAACAGAAGACACAGCUCACGCAGAGCAACAGAAACUACUACAACACGAGCAACUAUGAACCAUCUGCGUACGAUUCUUACUAUGCCGUUUACGACGAAGAUGUUGAACUGUAUCGAGAUGUUGAAUAUCAACCACAACCCCAGAAACCUGUCGUUUCGUCUACGUACCGUCCGACAGUGGUCACAACCGUGGCUCCAACUUCUCAGCGAGAUCCGUACGUCACUUCUCCACGAACUACCUACCAGAGACCUUCCUACCAGGCAGACUAUGACGAUGCUCUAGUGGCUCAGCUUGAAGAAGAUCGUUACAAUCAGAAGCAAACCAAUACACAGAUAAGAAAUGAGUUGAACUCUAUCUCGGACCGUCCGAUACUGGUGUCUUCCACGAUCCGUGCCUAUAACAGCCCCAAGUAUCAGACGGCCUUCGUUACGACGCCCGAGCCCUUCUCACUGCCGUCGUCAACCACAGCCAGAACCACUACAACCACCACCACUACCACCACCACCACCACCACACCUGCUCCAAUACAGUACUAUACUACAAGAUCAUCACAAUUGGACGAUCAAAGUAAUAAAACAACACCCAAAUCAAUCAUAUUAACACUCGCAGCACGCGCGGGUUCCUCAUCGACCCCAGAGCCCCCCUCUCCCUUCCUUGUGUCCUUUGCGCCGACCCCACAAUCUCCCUAUGAGCCACGGUACCGCAGUAGCACUAGCUCGGUUCCACGAUACAUUAAACCAUCAUCAACUACCACAACCACCACCACCACUGCCAUACCCACUACAACCACCACACUACCUCGCACGACCACUACUUCUACAGUUGACCAAUACCCACGGUUCCGUCCGUCCACUCAGUACGAUCAGCAGGUACCUUCCGGAAUUAACUUCCAUCCGAUUCCGGAAGAUCACUACUAUGAUGACGAUAGUGACGCUCACGAGGAUAGUGCCGACCAGGUGGACGACGAGUACUCGACACUGUCCAAAACUAGGUACGAUUAUCGUACGCCAUCUCGUGUCGCCGCCGAUUCGACGAACGAUCACUCCAAGAAGCAGUUUAUUACACAAAAGCUUCUACCGGUGUUUUCCCAUACGUACUCACAGUCCGAUCCUCGUUCCGCGUCAUCAGCCAACGCACAUGCGAUGGCGUCCGAUUCUUACGAUGAGACUCCCUUUUCGUACGAUACUCGGCCGGAGUUUUCGCCUUCCGGUGUCGCUGAACAGUUUGUCCCAUUGACAAGCACUUUGCCACCACCAACAACUACUACCACAACUACCACUAGAAAGCCAACAACAACUACAACCUCUACCACAACCACCACUAGGAAGCCAACGACAACCACUACCACAACUACCACUAGAAGGCCUACAACUACAACCACUACCACAACAACCACUAAGAAGCCUACAACAACCCCUACCACCACUACUACGACCACAACCACACGCUUGCCCCCUAACACUCAAGAGUCACAGCGCCAAAAGUUACAAAAGUUUAUCAUCUCUGAUGUACAACCGGCCAGCUUCCGGACCCCUUUCAGUACCACGGCCAAAGCUCAGCCUCUGCCCGAUUACGACAGUUAUCUGUAUCAUGAAGCUAUCCCAAGUAGUGUACGAUCGCGCAAUCAGCACACGUUCCUGAAAGCCAUUGCGACUACGCUUUCUGCGACACAAUCCUCCACGAUCGCUACGACCACACCGGAAGUGCCUAUCAUACGAUCAUACGCGGCUAGACCAUCUCCUGGAGCUGCAAGUCGACCGGAACACUUUGGGCCUGACAAAUCGAUUCGAUUGACACAUACUUCCCAGGAUUGGGAGGUACGUCGUCCCCUAUCGACGUUUAGUUUUGGCACCGGCGUACCGACGACUGACGCGCGUUCGGAGCAAACGUUUAGCAGUAAUAGAUUUUACAAUCUAACGCUUAGUUCCGGAUUUGUUGGUUUGCCGGGAGCUGCUUCAAGCACUGGCAAUCGUGGACGUAUUGAGCUUCCAAGGAAUCAAGAACCUUUGCCAAGCUAUACAACUUUUACGCUUUCGGAUGCUGUUACUAGUAGUUCACGAGGCGCGUCCACUACCAUUUUGGAAGCGUUGUCUGAAACAACUACUCCAUACACUACAAUUACGAUGCCCACUACUACUACUCCUACUACUACUACUACACCCACCACUACAGUAAGCCCUACUUCAUUGGUCGCUGAUAGUGGUCUUAGUAAUGUACGAUUUGUUGUAAGUUCUAGUUUACCCACCACUGGCCGCCCUCGUUAUUCGAAGGUCCAGGAUGAGAAUGUUGCUCUUUAUAAGAGCCGUGAUGUACAGACGACAACAACGAGCACUGCGAUAAAUCGACUUGCAGCUCGGCCUAGCAUCGUACCGACCGCUGCAAGCGAUUGGGUCCCUUUAAUAGAAGAAAAGAUCCUGUCCAGUCCCAAGACCAACACACUGCACGAACAAGAAGAUCGUGACCGUGAUACGGACGAUCCGUUGCUUCAAACGCGAGUGCAAGUAAAUACGGAGGAUGCUUUCGUUGCGGUUACUACCGCUUCGACACCUCCGACUCGGUUCCCACCGAGAACUACUCUUGCCCCAUUUGGCACGCUGGAGGGUAGAAAAUCCAUUGAAAAAGUACAAACUCUUCCACCGCGUAGUCCUGCCGCGAAGGAAGCGCCUAGCAAAGCUCUAGACCCGGUUACCAAUUCACCAACACGGUUAGUAGUUUCACCGUACAAAAGUUUAGAAGUGCAACGUCAAACGACGUCAUCUGAUAAACCCUUUGCAUCUACUUCGAGAGUCAUCUCGAACCUUUACCGUACAACCACACCCGAGGUUCCGGCUCUCGGUGGUCCUACGGUGAAGAGCUACUUCCAGCUGACAGCUGUACCAAAGCUGGCUGCUAUUUUGCGGGAAACAACCACACCUAGUACGACUACGACAAGUUUAACAACAACUACCACUACGACGACUGUUGCUCCGCCUAGUACAACUGUGACAAGCACGAGCGAAGAGUCGGUUACUAUGACUUCUACUACCACUACUACUAGCCAUAGUACCAAUGCACCUACGCCCACGACAGUCCCAACUACUACCUUCGGUAGUAGCUCGGAAGAAGUGAUCACCACCAGCAGCACGUUGCCCAAAUCGACCGAGGUAUAUCGUGGUCGAUAUCGUCCCGUGUUCAGUUUUGUACGUUCUUCGGAAUCGUACGACGAAGCAACCACUCCACGGUACCGCUAUCUUCGUAACCGUGGACGAGGAUCGCCUAGACGCUCCUACACUAGAUUACGUCCAACGGCUCAAAGUUAUACGUUAGCAUCGAGCACAGUAAAUGACACGGUUAGUGUUCAGAAAGUCUCUUCUCCUAGCAGCACCUCGGUGCCGACAGGAGAAUAUAGUAGAACGGCCGAUAGCACAGUACUAUCGAUAGCUAGCGAGUAUGACGAUCGUGUGGUUAGUUCAAGCUCCGCAUCCUCUGCCUAUCUAAAUCGUAUUCCGACAACUGAUCGUACGAAGUAUCAAUCAACUGAUCGUGAGAUCUCUAAAACAGCUCAUGUAAAGAGUCGCUACGAACAGUUCGAUUUCAAUCGUACCGAAAAGGAAGAUCGACCACGCCAACCAUUGUCAACUACUGGGCAGUCGAAUCGUGUUGUACAAAUCACGGACAAACCAGUAUACUAUACCCGUUUUCAUUCGACAUCUACUGAAGAGAGUUCUUUUGCUGUCGCCAACAGCAGUCGACAGCCGGAGUCGACGACGAAAAAGUUCCGUGCCACGGUCGAAAUGCCAGAAAUGAACAUUCCGACCGAGAAGGAGCUACUUUCCUACCAUCAGGAUAGUGGGAACACAUCGGAAGAUGAGGAUCGUGACGACGAGGAAGACGAGGACGACGUUGAAGAUGACGAUGUUGAGACGGUGGACGAAGAUUUGGCCGACUAUUCGUAUCUAGAAACAUCCAGCGUUCCGUCUACAACGACGACAACAACUAGUACGACCCCACCGACAACUACGACCACGACUACGACGACUUCAACGACAACAACGACCACAACGUCGGCACCGCCCCCGACCACUAGUACAACGACCCUACGGAGCACCUUCAAGCCGAUGGCACGGGCUUCCAAACGAUACACGACGCCACAUUAUGCCGCCAUCGUAGCGGUCACUACCGAGCGUAGUUUCUAUUCGGCUGUGCCAUCGCGCUUCUACCCUAGUACAACGCAAGGAUUGAACCUUACCGCUGGUGCUGCGCAUCCGGAACCCAUUUCGGAACACCCGUAUCACAGUGCACGUAGUACCUCUGCGCCUCUUUCCCUCUCGUCCACCUCCUCUUUCCCCUCAUCCGCCCCGUCCACUGAUGCCGUAAGUCUUCGAAUCAGUGAUGGUCUUAGCAAGAGCAAUGUUUCGAGCAGUAGCUCCAAUUUGUUAUCCCCGUCUUCCACCUCAACUCCCUCCAUUCCCACCACCACCAAUACAACCACAACCAUCACCACCACCACAAUCCGCCCGCCAACGACGUACUCCGUAAAUAAGCUCCCACCGCGCGCUUCCAGGGUCAAUAAUGCCAUAAAGACCACGAUCGCAGCCGCACAACUGCCACGCCGAUAUAGCAAACCAUCCGCAGCGGGAAAAAGUAUACAAUGUACAGAAAACUCACUGUCCGCCAAAUGCAACGAGAUUCCCUCGAGAGUUAGCAACAGUAACAGUAACAACAAUAACCGCAACCGUGGCAGUUCGCAUUAUGCGACCGAUGGACAAUCGACCAUUUCAGCCAACCGAGGAACGCACCCACCACGUGCACGACCAACACUGAAGCCGUCUCAGAACAUCGUCUCGAAGGCACAAGAAUUUGUAGACAUCUACCGUCAUCCGCCGACUCGUCCCGAACCUCUAUACCCUCAACCAACACCCGACAAGACCGCUGCCAAGUGCCGUAAGGAUGUGUGCCUACUGCCCGACUGCUACUGCGGUGGAAAGGAUGUGCCUGGUGAGCUUCCGGUCGAACAGGUGCCCCAGAUCGUGCUGCUCACGUUCGACGAUUCCGUAAACGAUUUGAACAAACAGCUCUACCAGGAUCUUUUCGAGCGUGGACGUGUUAACCCGAACGGUUGCCCUAUUACGGCCACGUUCUAUGUAUCGCACGAGUGGACCGACUAUAGCCAGGUGCAGAACCUGUACUCCGACGGGCACGAGAUGGCAUCGCACACAGUUUCUCAUAGCUUCGGCGAAUCAUUCUCCCCGAAAAAGUGGGCCCGGGAAGUUGCCGGCCAGCGUGAGAUCCUCUCCGCGUACGGUGGCGUGAAGCUGGAAGAUGUGCGCGGUAUGCGUGCACCGUUCCUGUCGAUCGGUGGCAACAAGAUGUUCAAGAUGCUGCACGACUUCAACUUCACCUACGAUUCGUCGAUGCCGGUGUACGAGAACCGUCCGCCGAGCUGGCCGUACACGCUCGACUACAAGAUCUUCCACGAUUGUAUGAUUCCACCCUGUCCAACCAAGAGCUAUCCAGGUGUUUGGGAGGUUCCUAUGGUGAUGUGGCAGGAUCUGAACGGUGGCCGCUGCUCGAUGGGUGACGCCUGCUCGAAUCCGCCGGAGGCCGAAGGUGUCUACAAGAUGAUCAUGAAGAACUUCGAACGUCACUACACGACCAACCGGGCACCGUUCGGGCUGUACUACCAUGCCGCCUGGUUCACGCAGCCGCACCACAAGGAAGGAUUCAUACAAUUCCUGGACGCGAUCAACUCGAUGAAGGACGUGUUCAUCAUCACCAACUGGCAAGCGCUGCAGUGGGUACGCGAUCCGACACCGCUCUCGCGCAUCAACUCCUUCACGCCCUUCCAGUGCAACUAUGGAGAUCGUCCCAAGCGUUGUAACAACCCGAAGGUAUGCAACCUGUGGCACAAAUCGGGCGUCCGGUACAUGCGUACCUGCCAGCCCUGCCCGGACAUCUACCCAUGGACCGGCAAGACUGGCAUCCGUUCGUCUCGCAUCGACAACGACAUCGAGGUGGCCGACACCAACUAAGUCA